AUGUCGACCUCUUCACCCUCAGACCUCGAUGCAUACAGUCAGCUUCUCCAGCCUAUCGAAGAGUAUGUUGCUCAGAACAUAGAGCAAGGUCACGCCGCUUCGUGUUCUCCGCCUCCUGAGGAUCGGGUCCCCUGGGAUACACCCCCAUCCACUUCCCUCUCCCCUUCCUCUUCUCCUUCCCCCUCCCCCAACGUCAAUGGCAACAAGCCCUUGGCUCUUCCCGCCGAGACCCCUUCGGCUGCGGCAGAAACUGUCUUCCCCAAGAAAGACAACACAGUGCCGCAGCCCCAGGAGUCUCAGUUCGACCCAGCCGCGGCCGCCAACGAGGCCCUCAAGAGCGUGUCUCUUGAACUUGAGGAGGCAUCCAAGCCCAAGCAGUCCCGGGCUGCUGCCAAGAGGGAGCCCAGGCAGUCCCGGGCUGCCGUCAAGAGGGAGACAGCCCCCAAGCGUGUCUCCAAGCGCGCCGCCAAGCCGCCAAAGCUGCUCACUCCAAACAAGCUGAUGCAGCAAAUGGACCUAGAGAGUUUCGGUCGUUUGUUGCCAGUUUGGGGGGCAAAAUGGGCAGCUGAUAAGGCUGCGAAGGCUCCUCAGGUGCCUGUUUAUGGAGUCCCUGGUCAGCCUUACGGCCAGAAUCCGUCACAGGCAGCCCUGGGGCUUUACCCUCCAGCCCCGGGCCAAUAUUCUCAGGCUGCUGGUCCUCUGUACCAGCACCCUCCUUCUGUCCCCCCUGCUGCUCCUUCUCUUGCCUCCCAUCUCGCUCCCCCGGUUGCCCCGGCUCUCAAUUUUGCUCCGGCUCUCAAUUUUGCUCCGGCUCCGGCUCCGGCUCCGGCUCCCGUUCCCGCCUGGGUUCCGACUCCCUCUCCAUUUCUCCCUUGCCCUCCCCAGAUUCCUUCCCCUCCCCAGGCCCCCAAUUACUCUAUAGGUCUGGGAAUAGACAACGGACUGGGGCAGCAUCAUUCGGUCGCCUACCCGCAACCUUGGUGGAUGGAGCAGCCGGACUUACCAGAGGAGUUUCAGGGUUUUUAG